UGCUGCUAUCACUCCGCGGCGUCUUCCUCUGCCUCACUAAAAAAGCUAGGUCUUGCCGCCGCCGCCCGCCGGCGAGAUGACCGCGGCCGAGGAUGCCCGCCGCUGUAGCACGCGCACGCGCCUCCAUCCACAUGCCACGCGAGUGAGGCGGGCCAAUCAGUGGCCCGCCGCCGCAGCACGUGGCUCCAUCCCAUCCCCAGAUCCACGCCAGUCACGACGGCGACGGAGUGGCCCGCCGCCGCAGCCCGCGCCUACAUCCCCAGGUCUACGCGAGUGACGAGGGUGAAGGAGUGGCUCGCCGGUGUGGCGCACGCCUUCGUGCCCGGGUCCACGCGAGUGAGGAGGCAUCCGGAGCGACCUGCCGCAGUCGUCGCCGCCGGCGCGGCAGCAGCUCGUCGGCGGCGCUGGCCUCGCCGCUCGAAGACGACGAUCUCCUAUGGGAGAUCCUCCUCCGUCUCCCGCCGCAGCCCUCCUCUCUUCCAUGCGCAUCCGCCGUCUGCAAGCGGUGGCGAUCCGCCGUUACCGACCCCAGGUUCCACCGCCGCUUCUGUGCACACCACCGGAAGCCGCCCCUCCUCGGUUUCUUCGAGCACAGCGCAGAUGGAGGUGGUAUCAUGUUCAAACCCGUCCUCGACCCUCCCGACUGUGUCCCUCCUCAGCGCUUCGACAUGCGACUCCACGACAUUGACAGUAGCCGUGGCAUGGGGGUCCAACUGCCCGGGUGCCGCCACGGUCGCCUCCUCAUCAUGUCCUCACGGCGGGAAGAGCUUAUUGUAAUUGCUCCCAUAACCGGCGAGAAGCUCCAUCUGACCGUUCCGUCGAAGUUCAAGGGGGACUGCUACCUCGAUGGGGCGGUGCUCUGCGCUGCUACUGACCAUGACCACGUGCACGGAAGCUGCCACUUGAGCCCAUUCAAGGUGGUCUUGCUCUCCUUGAGCAUCAGAGGUCCACAGCCCGCCUUCGCACAUGUUUACUCCUCAGAGACCGGUGUAUGGAGCGACCUCAUCUCAACACCGACUCCACCUAAGUUUUGUCAUACUAAUAGUCCUGGUUCACUUAUUGGUAAUGCACUUUACUGGCUGUGCAGAGGUGCAGAUUACAUACUUAAGUUUGAUUUUGACGGGCGGAGCCUAGCUGUGAUCAGAGCGCCUCCCAUUACAAAUGAUGUCUGCUACCGCAAUGGCAGCCAUCAGAUCAUUCAGGCUGUGGAUGGCGCUGUUGGUCUCGCCAUAUUGUCUCAUAAUAGCCAUACCAUUCAAAUGUGGCAAAAGGAGGUCAAUUCCCAGAGUGUUAACAAAUGGUUUUUGUGGCAGACCAUUGAAAUGCAUAACAUUCAUGGGUUACCUGCUCAGAUUGAAGGGCAGAAGGCAAGGUUAAUAUUUAUACUGGGAUAUGCUGAGGAUACUGAUGGAAUACUUUUAUACAUGGACGGCGGUGUCUAUAUGGUUCAACUAAAGUUGAUGCAACCUAGAAAACUUUGUGAAAAGCCCCCAAAUAAUCACUAUCAUUCUUUCGAGAGUUUCUAUAUGCCAGACUCACUGUUGUCUUUUCAUGCUUAUACUUCUACGCACAUCCAUUGAUCGUGGUUAUGUUGGAGCUGAAAUGUUGUGUGGUAGGCGAUACAUAGGAUGACUUUCGGCCUUGAUGUGCUAAUGUGCUGAAACGGUUCACCAGCUGAAGAAACAGUAGCUGCAAUUGCUUGUUGUCACCGAGUUUGUCACAUCGCAUCAAUGUGGUGGUGGCAGUGUUAUAAUAUUAUCUAAAAAAACUUAUCGUGCCUUAGUCUAGCAAGGUUCUAUGUAGCAAGAUGCUUUUGAAUAGCUAAUCCAGGGACUGGUCGCGCUUCUCUUGACCCAGGAGAGUUUCAGGCCCAAAGUAUCACAUAUACUUGGUGCUUUUGUGUAACGGUGAGAGUUUCUGAGCCGGUUUAAAUGAAUGAUUCUGUAGGAACUAGAACCCUGAAACUGAGGUUGUUGCUGCUGUCUAGUAUUUUGUAAUGGCUGUUGCUACUUGCUAAAACUGUGGUGGUGUUCUCAGUUCCCUAUUUGUAAGCGUUCCUGGCUUGUCAUUACUGUGAUGGUUCUUUUAAUUUCAAUUUUCAUGUUUUUAUGACACAACUUUAUGUGGCUGAAACGGAGGUUGCCGCUGCGUGUAGUGGUUAUAUUUGCUGCUUGAUUGAGAGUGACUGGAACUGGACUGUUUUAUGUGUUAAAAGUGAUCAUGCAUGUCUCCCCUCUCUUUAUUAGUAAAGGAGAAAGUCCAUAUUCACUACAAAUAGUUUAAGCAUGAAAGAAAACAAAUAAUAUCAGCAGCAGUUGAAGCAAAAGAUUACUGUCUGAGUACUCUGCAUUUCUGAGACAGUGAUAUUACGUGAUAUCAACUGCUAUAUUCAUGCUGACAAAGUUUUCACAGAAAGUGCAAGUAUCGUACAUUCACCUAUUUAAUAAUAUAUGCCUUUAUUCAUGAUUACACUUUAGCAAUUAAGCAUGGCUAUGGCAUUUGGAGUUCUCCACCCUCUAACUGCUGGCCAUUACAUGUUUCCGCACAAAAGUUAACACUUCACAGGAGUUGGGAAGCAGCAUGGCGGAUUGUUUUAUACUUGGUACAGGUACAACUGGUAACUACAGGUUCCAGUGAGUUAAGUGCAUCAUCUCACACAUUACUGUAUCACAGAUCAAUAAUUUUGCUCGCCCUCCUCUGAAUUACUGUCAGCUGGGAUGACAGAUCACAGAUAGUAGGAAUCAUCUGCAUCGGCAUGCCCCUGCUUGCAGAAGAAUAACCUAGAUGGUAUAUGCACACCAUCAGCCCCAUCUUCCAGUAUCUCUAUCACCUGGCUCAUGUCUACACUAAAUUAUUUUGUGCCAACUGCAUGCAACGCCGACUGCAUGCAACGCCAAACCAGUGGCAGAAAUUCGUGCCGGUGGUCCAGUUGCUGGCAAGGAUGCCGAGAGGGUCUGAGAGCUGUCCUUUGAAAGCCAGCAGGGCGGCAAGAUCAGUAUCGCUGCCAUUGCUCUUGCUUGGACCAGGAGAAGAAGAUGUGGGUACAGUGGACAGCAGAGUGAUCAAGAAGAGAAUGGGUAUGGAUAUGGAUGGAAAUCCAAGUGAGGCCAUGUAUGGGGCAGAGAUGCAAGUGCAUGCUUUGGCUUUGAGCUGAUAUCUUAUCGAUCGAUCGAUCUUUAUAUGGUGGGAAGGAUAGUUUUUUGAUAGGCUCCAGCUUCCAAGUGGUGCUUUUGGCAUGACCUUCACCUUUUUUUCGAGAAGGGGAGUACCCUGACCUCUGCAUUAUAGGAUGCACACAGUCAUUUUAUUAAACGCGAAUCAAGUUCAAGUCACCGAGUACCAGUAAUACAAAUAAAAAGGAAACGCGGCCACAAGUGGCGCUUUCGGCA